AUGACCGCGUCGUGCCGUGUCGGGAUGAUGCCUCGCACCCGCCACUGCACCACACCACCACCCCCGGCUCCGAGCCCUCCCUCAUGCUACCCUUCCACCAUGCCGUUGCUCGUUCCCUCCUCCUCUGCUCCCCCCCCCCGCACCUGUUUCUCCAAAUUCCUUACUGCGGUCUCGCCCCAUAGGAGCGUUCGGCUCCGCAGGGCACUCGCGACUGCUGGGUGCCCCAGCGGAGGUAGAACGAGGUGCGACCCUUGGGGCAACCUGCGGGCAACCUGCAAGGGGGGAAUGCUGGGUGCCCCUGUCGCAUUUUUCUUCCUGACGGACGAGCAGGGGGAAAGGAAGCUCGUGCAGCGCUUCCUCGCGGGGCGCCAUGGUGUGCACUUCGCCCCGCCAAACCUCCUCCGCGCCCGCCGGGGCUGUCACGCCACUGCUCCCUCACUCCCAGUCCCUCGUGCGCUCUUCCUGGCCCUUUUCGGCAGGUACAAGGUCAAGAUCACCAUGAUCAUCAUGCCUCCCUCCUGGCUCUUGCCUGUUUCUCCAACAAUGUUCUGCCUCGUCUGGGCUUUCAUCUUCAUCAUCCUUGCCCUCCGCGACACCAAGGAGCUGCCAUCGCUAAACAACAUCUCACCACGUGGCAGAGGGCAUUUUCAUCUGCUAGUUACAGUAGCAGCAGCAGCAUGUUUUCUUCGAGAGCAGGGUGAAAAGCAGGAGAGCAAGGGUGAAAAGCAGGAGAGCAAGGGUGAAAAGAAGGAGAGCAAGAGUGAAAAGCAGGAGAGCAAGGGUGAAAAGCAGGAGAGCAAGGGUGAAAAGCAGGAGAGCAAGGGUGAAAAGCAGGAGAGCAAGGGUGAAAAGCAGGAGAGCAAGGGUGAAAAGCAAGAGAGCAAGGGUGAAAAGCAGGAGAGCAAGGGUGAAAAGCAGGAGAGCAAGGGUGAAAAGCAGGAGAGCAAGGGUGAAAAGCAGGAGAGCAAGGGUGAAAAGCAAGAGAGCAAGGCUGAAAAGCAGGAGAGCAAGGGUGAAAAGCAGGAGAGCAAGGGUGAGAAGCAGGAGAGCAAGGGUGAAAAGCAAGAGAGCAAGGGUGAAAAGCAAGAGAGCAAGGGUGAAAAGCAGGAGAGCAAGGGUGAAAAGCAGGAGAGCAAGGGUGAAAAGCAGGAGAGCAAGGGUGAAAAGCAGGAGAGCAAGGGUGAAAAGCAGGAGAGCAAGGGUGAAAAGCAGGAGAGCAAGGGUGAAAAGCAGGAGAGCAAGGGUGAAAAGCAGGAGAGCAAGGGUGAAAAGCAGGAGAGCAAGGGUGAAAAGCAGGAGAGCAAGGGUGAAAAGCAGGAGAGCAAGGGUGAAAAGCAGGAGAGCAAGGAUGAAAAGCAGUAG